CGGGGAGGCGGAGCGCAAGGCUGGGUGGCCGCGGGCGAGUGUGCGCGCCCCGGCCGGAGAGCUGCGGGGCGGAGGACCCUCGCCCCGAGCGCCCCGCCCGGCCUCUCGCGCGCAGUCAGCGCCGCUGCUGCUGCACAGACACACACACCCACCGAGCGCCAAGGAGCACCCGCCGCCCCCGCUGGCCGCCGCCGCGCCUCGGGCAGCGGGAUCCAGCGCCAAGUCCAGGCUGGUGCGGCGCGCGGAGCACCUCCUGAUCUAUCUAGCUGUAUCUUUUCCAUUUCACUCCAGCCCUCUCUGAUCUGGGCGGCGGCGGCGGCGGCAGGGGGAUGGGGUCUCCACGAGGAAAAAGGGGGUGACGAUCGAGGAAGAUUAUUGUUCUUAAAAAAAAAAUGCCUUCGCUUCUUCCCAAUGCGUCUUCCGUGAGCCUCCUUACUAGAGACUGCGAACCGGAGUGAGGGAUGUAAAGAGAGAAGGAAAGCCGCCAGGAGCCAGCCAGGGAGACCCUGCUCUCUGUAGAGGGGAGGGGGAUUUCCAGCGACACAUCAUUGGUGAAAGGGACCUUCGCAGGAGUGGAGCCCCCAGAGGGAGCAGGGAAUCCCACAGCCCCUUGUGACACAGGAACCAAUGCUGCUGGACGAAAGGAGCGGGUCGGUGGGAGCUAGCUGACGAGGAGAUGCCUGCUCCGGAGGACUCCUGCUCCAGCUGACCUCCCUCGUUCAGGACCCUGGGCUCUGUGGUCCUGUCCGGUUCAAAAUGGCAGAGAAGGCCCCACCUGGCUUGAACAGGAAGACAUCUCGGUCGACGCUCUCCCUCCCCCCAGAACCCGUGGACAUCAUCCGGAGCAAAACGUGCUCUCGGAGAGUGAAGAUCAACGUGGGGGGCCUUAACCACGAGGUCCUGUGGAGAACUCUGGACAGGCUCCCCCGGACCCGCCUGGGGAAGCUCCGGGACUGCAACACGCACGACAGUCUCCUGGAGGUGUGCGACGACUACAACCUGAACGAGAACGAGUACUUCUUCGACCGGCACCCCGGGGCCUUCACGUCCAUCCUCAACUUCUACCGCACGGGCAAACUCCACAUGAUGGAAGAGAUGUGCGCGCUCUCCUUCGGCCAAGAGCUCGACUACUGGGGCAUCGACGAGAUCUACCUGGAGUCCUGCUGCCAGGCCCGCUACCACCAGAAGAAGGAGCAGAUGAACGAGGAGCUGAGGCGGGAGGCGGAGACCAUGCGGGAGCGUGAGGGCGAGGAGUUUGACAACACCUGCUGCCCGGAGAAGAGGAAGAAGCUCUGGGACCUGCUGGAGAAACCCAACUCGUCGGUGGCUGCCAAGAUCCUGGCCAUCGUGUCUAUCCUGUUCAUCGUACUUUCUACCAUUGCUCUGUCUCUCAACACACUUCCGGAGCUGCAGGAAAACGACGAAUUUGGGCAACCCAGUGACAACCGCAAGCUGGCACACGUAGAGGCUGUGUGCAUUGCCUGGUUUACCAUGGAGUACCUUUUACGAUUCCUGUCCUCACCAAAUAAAUGGAAGUUUUUCAAAGGCCCACUGAAUGUCAUUGACCUGCUGGCCAUCCUGCCGUACUACGUCACCAUCUUCCUCACCGAGUCCAACAAAAGUGUGCUGCAGUUCCAGAAUGUGAGGCGUGUGGUCCAGAUCUUCCGGAUCAUGCGCAUCCUCAGGAUCCUGAAGCUGGCCAGACACUCGACGGGCCUGCAGUCCCUGGGCUUCACCCUCAGGCGGAGUUACAAUGAGUUGGGCCUAUUAAUAUUAUUUCUGGCCAUGGGGAUAAUGAUAUUUUCCAGCUUGGUGUUUUUUGCUGAGAAAGAUGAAGACGCCACCAAGUUCACCAGUAUCCCUGCAUCGUUUUGGUGGGCCACCAUCACCAUGACUACUGUGGGCUAUGGUGACAUUUACCCGAAAACACUGCUGGGGAAAAUUGUGGGAGGCCUCUGCUGUAUUGCGGGGGUACUGGUCAUUGCCCUUCCUAUACCCAUCAUUGUGAACAAUUUCUCUGAGUUCUAUAAGGAACAAAAACGCCAGGAGAAAGCUAUUAAAAGGAGAGAGGCUCUUGAAAGGGCCAAAAGAAACGGAAGCAUCGUCUCUAUGAACCUGAAAGAUGCCUUCGCUAGAAGUAUGGAACUGAUAGACGUGGCUGUGGAGAAAGCCGGGGAGUCAGCCAACACCAAGGACUCAGCGGAUGAUAAUCACCUGUCUCCAAGCCGGUGGAAGUGGGCCAGGAAGGCUCUGUCGGAAACAAGCUCCAACAAGUCUUAUGAGAGUAAGUACCAGGAGGUUAGCCAGAAAGACUCCCACGAACAGCUGAACAACACUUCUUCCUCCAGCCCACAGCAUCUGAGCGCCCAGAAGCUGGAGAUGCUCUACAAUGAAAUCACCAAGACACAGCCUCAUCCCCACCCGAUCGCGGACUGCCAGCAACAGCCCGAGGGGCCAUCUGCCUAUGAGGAGGAGAUAGAAAUGGAAGAGGUGGUCUGCCCACAGGAGCAGCUGGCCGUGGCGCAGACUGAGGUCAUCGUGGACAUGAAGAGCACCUCCAGCAUUGACAGCUUCACCAGCUGCGCCACUGACUUCACGGAGACGGAGAGAUCGCCCCUGCCUCCACCCUCCGCCUCUCAUUUGCAGAUGAAGUUCCCCACCGACCUCCCAGGGACAGAAGAGCACCAAAGAGCCAGGGCCCCUCCAUUUCUAACACUAAACAGGGAUAAGGGGCUUGCUGCCAGGGAGGCUGCACUGGAUUGUGUCCCCAUUGACAUAACCGUGAACCUCGAUGCCGGGGCUUCCCAUGGCCCUUGGUCAUCCGACAGUGCCACCGACAGCCCUAAGAGCUCGCUGAAACGGGGCAACCCCCUCAAGUCCAGAUCCCUCAAAGUGAACUUUCAGGAAAACAAAGGUAGCGCACCCCAGACCCCACCCAGCACAGCUAGGCCACUGCCGGUAACCACAGCUGACUUUCCGCUCACCACCCCACCGCACAUGAGUACCAUCCUGCUAGAAGAAGCCCUCCCCCAGGGAGAGAGGCCCUUGCUGGGCGCUGAUGUUUCAGCGCCCUGUCAGGGACCGUCCAAAGGGCUAUCCCCUCGAUUCCCCAAGCAAAAACUGUUUCCCUUUUCUUCUAGAGAAAGGAGGAGCUUCACCGAAAUAGAUACCGGAGAAGAUGAAGACUUCUUAGACCUCCAGAGGUCAAGACCGGACAGUCAAGCGGACUCCAGCCCCAACUGCUUAGCAGAAAAGCCUGGAGAUGCCAGAGACCCUUUACGAGAAGAGGGCUGUGUGGCCUCCUCCUCCCCCCAGAACACAGACCACAACUGUAGGCAAGACGUUUACCAGGCUGUGGGUGAAGUCAAAAAGGACACUAGUCAAGAAGGGUACAAGAUGGAGAACCACUUGUUUGCCCCAGAAAUUCAUUCCAACCCAGGAGACACAGGCUACUGUCCUACCCGUGAAACCAGCAUGUGACUAGUUAUAAAAGCAAUAAUGAUAAUUUAAAACAAUAAACUUGGGUCUUUAAAAAAUGCAAUUACUAAUGCCAUGAACUAAAAUAUGGGAAAUCCUUUCCCCUGAAAACAGCAUAUAAAAUGUUAUUUUUGCAUGGCAUGAACGGUUUAGUUUAAGCACUGUUUAAAUAAAGAAUCAAGACUGCAUUUUUGUAACAAACAAAACCGAGUCAUGAACAGUGAGCAAAUAAAGAGCUCUUAGGAACCAGUGCUCUGCCAUGUCUGACAUUUUUGAUCCUUUCAUUUCAAAGGUGUAGGCAGGUUUUCCGGUUUUAGCUUUUACAUCACAAUGAAUUUUAGAAUUUGCACAUGAAAGGAUGAAAUGCACGUGUCCAUGCUUGUGGGGAGUUAAGGUGCUUUCGCCUUGCAAAGUUCGUAGCUCUGUAAAUAGGCCUGGAUGUAAAAAGUGGCAAGACCAUAUGGACACGUUUCCUUCACAGCUACUGCCUGGAGGAGCUGUCCAGACUUCCUGUUGCAAAAUUGCAACCUCUUCUUAACCUACGCUUUGUGCAUCUUGCUUUGGAUUAUGAAGUUCUUAUGUUUGUUUUAAGGAAUACAGUAUUUUUAUUUAUUGGGGGUAUAAUUCAGAGGGUAUGUUUAUACCUUUUUUUAUUUAUUGGGGAUAUAAUACUGGGGGUAUGGGUUUCUUUUCUUUUUUCUUUUGUUUAGUUGUUGCAUUUGUGAUGUUAUUUAUAAAUCAUGGAAAUUAGUAAGACUUAAUGACCAGAUAUAAAAUAUUUGGAAUUUAAGCUUGAACUUCUGCCUAUAAAAUAAACACCAUGUCACGGAAAAUACAGAGAUUUAUUUUUCACAAACUUGAAAAUGUACAGAAGGUCCUAUAAUAAAAUAAAAUUUCUAAAUUGGUAUUCCACGUUUGGAAGUCACCUUUAAAACAAUAUCCUUUGCCACUCCAAACAUGGCUGUAUUUUCCUCUGGUGUCUAACAUAUGAGUAAAAAUUUCCUGUUUUUUAAAAAAGGGAAAUCCCAUGAAAUGACUUUUAGCAAACUAAAAGCAGAGUCCCUUGAAUUGACAGAGCUGGUCCCAACAGGAGUUACCAUGCUAAGAGUCCAGGUCCAGAAAUGGGCCACUAAAUACGUUUCAGUAUAGGGUAGGGGUACAGGAUGACAGUACACGUUGUGUAAGAACGUUGUUCUUGCAGACUUUAAAUCUUUCCCAAGCAUAGCCAGAGCACUCUGAGUAACUGCAGCAACUGGACAGGCUCUCUCAAUUUUCCAAGCCCUGAAUGUCUAGAAGAGGUCAGAACUUUUCUUGCUGAAAGCCAUGCCUGGCACUUUCUUACUGAGCACACUAAAUGCAGAAGCCCUGGGAGCCGGAAGUUGCCCUCCUCAUUGGACCCACCUUGCUUUGUGCCAAUCAAGGCUCCAGUUACUGAUGAGCAGCUACCAGCUGUGCAGUCUUCAGGAUGACUCUGCAACCUCUUGUGAUCUCGCUUGCAUCCAAAUGACAGCAAACACCAAACUAUUUCUAAGCUCCCUUAAGAUUUCAAAUUGGUGACUCCUUAGUUUCUUGGCAAUGCUCAGGUUUUGCCUCAGCAAAAUGCAUUUUGUGCAUAUGUCUGUACAGUUCAGGGAAAUGGGAAGACUGCCAGGAAAAACGGAAAGAAAGGCUAAUUGUUUAAGGGGGAGGAAAUCUAAAUUUUGUUCUUUUUUAAAAGAAAAAAACAUUCAGAAAAAAUAGCCCAAUAUUUAGAAUCUAACAUGCUUUUAGUAUUUCCUAAUUAACAGGAUCUGGUCAUUAAACCUUAGAUAAGAAAACAAAUUUUGAUUUUUUUUCUUAAAAUCUAAGCAGUCCUGAAUAAUUUAAAACAUUUCUUUUAUCCCACCAUUUCUUAAUGGUUUUCAUGUUUGUUUCAAAACAUAACCUUUAAGAGCGUAUUGUCAUUGAUCAUUGAUAUUUAUAUUAUGCGCACUUCUUUUAGUGUCUAAAGACUAAGUGUUGAUCAGUUUUUGUAAAUCUAGAGUAUUUGAAUUUUCUAUAUAUAGUUUUUCAAAGUCAAGCAGGUAUACCUAUUGUUAGAUGAAUAGAAAAUAAGUUGCAAAGAUUGUCUCCUUCAUACAGCCUCAUGAAGCAGUUCUUUUCUAACGUCUCCUAUUGAUGAAUCUCUAUUUUUUUUAUUCAUCUGGCUUCAUAAGUGGACUUAGUGCCCAGCCAUAUGACCAGUGUUCCACUUUCCGUGUGUCUGUCAGGCCUUCUGCUGAAAACCCUGUUCCAUAACGGUUAUAAUAGGACUCUUACCGAGUCUCUGCUGUUUUCCCUGGAAGCAAUUUUUCUGAAAAGUCUUUCCUUUUCAUUCUCAAGGUUUGUUCAGAAGAUUUCUGUACGUUUUGAGUUUUAAAUAACUUAGAAAACAAAACAAAACAAAAUGUUCCUUGAAAUCUCAUCUUUUGAGUCUUUCUAGUUCCUCUGAGCCAAAAGUCUUCAGGCAGGAAAAAUAGGUGACCCUUUUCCUCUAAGAAAUCUUCGACUUCGCUGUUUCACGAGGAGGUAUCUACCAAAAUUCACCUACCAAGCCCUUAUAAGCUUCAGAAAAUGGCGGCAAACUGAGAGGAGAAAGUGGUACCUCUGGAAAGACCUGAAGACAACAAUCAAGCACGAAGUUCUUUUGAGGUCUUUUAUGUUCAACAUUAAAAGUUCCUGCCCAUGCUGCAACACACUCCACAAUAUAUGUUUCAGUAUUUUUAAAUGCUGUUUUAUAUUGCUCAUCAACUAGUAAGACCGACAGUCUUACAACUUCAAAUACCUCAUUUGUAUCCCUUGGAAAAUAUCACCCAAGUUUAGGAAGGAAUACCUGAAGGGGCCUUUGGAAGGCUGUGUUUCCAAGAGUUGAUUUCACCGUUAGCUAGCUCAGUGACCAGGGAUAAAUGCCAAUGAGAAAGGUUAUUUGAAUGACCUCAAAAUAAUGUGGUCCCUCCGAUGGCUAAGCUGUUUCUGCUGGCUCUCUUCAUUGAUGCAAAUUGUCACAAGGUGUUUUCUUCUCAAAAAUAAGAGCAUAGAAAUGGGUAUGCAUUGAGUGCUGGUGAGGAGAGCAUGCAUGAUACCCUGCUUAAUCACCAACCCUGCAGAAAGUGAAAGAAAGGGGAAAGAGAGGAAGAAAUGAGGGAUUCUGUGUAUCUUAAGUAUUUCCACCCAUAUGCCAGGUAGUUUCUUGGAAUUGACUUAACUGUUCUCUAACAUUUCACUAGAAAUUCCUUCACUCUGACAUAGUCAACUAUUUUGAACCAAGAUGUGAUCAAGCACUUGUCAUGCUGAGACUAGAUGUGGUAGUGGAGAGAGCUUGUGCCCAGGGUCUGUUCCCAUGUGCUUUUGUUAACAUUCUUACCCUUGUGCUGGCCACGAAAAUUUCACUAUUGUCUUGAAAUUAGAAAUUAGUUAUGUAGAGACUACUUCACAGUUCCUUCGCUCUCCACAGCCUUCAGAAAUGUCAGUAAAGACUAGACAAGUCUGUUCUUUGUUCGGUUCACACAGGUCACUGGUUACUGGAGGACUCUGACCUCAGACACACCAUCUGGCUUUAAGACUGGCAUCUAAUAUACCAUUGGAAAGUAUGUUCAGCAUCUAAAAUUAUGUAAAUAAACAGGGAGUACAUUGAAAAUACGAAGAUUUCACGUUUAAAGUAGCAAGAAAGUCUGCGGGAGAGUAAGAGCCUGGUAAUUGAUAUAAGCCACGUUAGGCACUUACGGUUGCCAGUUGGGAAGUCUGGCCAUUGUUUGUGUUGAGAUGUGGCACACACAUGAGGAAGAAGACCUCAGCAAGUCACUUGAUCUUCCUAAACAAAAGCAGACAGAGCUAAAAUGAUCUCCAGUCAUGUCUCUCUCCCAUGCCAAUCACAGUAGCCUGAGCAAGGGUCCAACUCUUAGCCUCCUGGGGCUUCCUGCCACUUUCAGCUACACCACUGAUAUGAAGUUGAAGAUGCUUGGGGUGACUGCCAAAGAGUCACCUACCAGGCUAAAAAAAAAAAAAAAUUAUCCAAUGAUCUUAUCAGAGAACUGUCGAACGUAAAUAAAUUAUAUUACUUUCCCAGGGAACCUUUUUUUUCCUAAGAAAUAAAUGAACUGUAUAAAGCCUAAUUUAUAAUUAUAUUUGAAUUAUGUUUAGUUUUCAUUCUUGAAAUGACAAAUUGUCAAUCUGAUUGAGUGAAGUUGUGAACUAUUUUUGUUAUCUGGUAAAUUAAAAAGUAGUAUUUCACAGCCAGGAAUGUACCUCAGUGGUAGAACACUUGGCUGCAUGAGGCCCUGGGUUAGAUCUCCAGUAACAAAAAAAAAAAAGAGAGAGGGGGGGAGAGAGAUUUUUUAAUUAGAUAUCUUUCUUAUCAAAAUAGCUAAUAAUAAUCUGUCACAGGAAUGAGCACAAAUUUUAAUACAAGUGGGAAAAAUUGAAAAAUUUCACAUUUAUGAAUAUAUUUUUUUAAAGAUUUAUUUAUUUAUUAUUUAUACAGUAUUCUGCCUACACUUGCUGGGAAUUGAACUCAGAACCUUUGGAAGAAAGGCCAGUGCUCUUAACCUCCAAGCCAUCUCUCCAGCCCAAUGAACAUAUUUUAAAACAGCACAUUUUAGUGCUUUUCUUCUCGCAGUCUCUUGGCAGUGUUAAAGGGGUAUAUCAUUGUUCUCUAUUUAGUCCUCCAAAUUCCUAACAUUUAAGACUCAACAUUCAAAAGUCCCUUGGCUUGACUCAAAGAAUUUAAUCACUAGGUCCAUGGAGAUUUGAGAGUGUAUUGGUUAUUUUGCCACCGCACUGUCUUCCUCAAAGUAACAAAUAAUAAAUAAAUAAAUAAAUUGGAAGAAAUAAAACAAAUAAGAGAAAAAAUUAAUUGGUUUGGUGACACAUUCCUUUAUCCUAGCAUUUGGGAGAUUGAGAUGGGAGGACCCUGAGUCUAAACACAGCUGUGGCAACAUAGUGAAUUUCAGCUCAGCUUGGCUACAUAGUAAGACCCUCUCCCAAAGUGAAGAGGAGGAAAAGGUGGAGGGGGAAGAGGAGAAAGGGCGGCGGCAGCUGCUGGACAAGGUGGUAUGUUCUGGAGUCCCUGAAUUCAGGAGGUAGAGGCAAUCUUGAACUAAUCUUGAGUUCAAAGCCAGCAUAGUUUACAUAUUAAGUUCUUCUCCAGCCAGAAAUAUACAGUGAAGACACUGGAGAGGAGAGAGAGAGAAAUAAAGACAAUAAAAGGAAACUGUGAGACACAGGUAGAAAUGAAAAUAUUUAAAGGGCAGUUUCUGCUAACAGGAAGGCCUCAGGGUCUGGUGAACAGACUGUACAUGCUGUGGUUAACACUUCCCUGGGAUUGGCUGCAAUCUGUCAGUGGUUUCAACAGUCAUUUCAUCCACUUGCCUUUGUAAAAUAACCUGAUACAGUUCCACGAACCAUUAUUCAACACUGUCAUUAACGUGCAUUACCUUCCUUACUAAGAGAAAGGGAGAAAGGUAUAAUAAGUCAGUUCAAAGCUAGCAAAAGACAAAAAUACAAAAGAAAAAAAAAGAUUUUUAAAUGUGACUAGAGUUCUUAAUUUGUUGUAUACACCUGUAUAAAAGUUGUACUUGCACACAAUAUAUAUGCAUAAAAUUUAGAUACUUCAGAGAUACAUGGAGAAUAGAAUCAGGCAAAGAAGUUACUUAUCAUCAAACAACUCUAGACUACUGUUGAUGUAUAACAAAACUUUCCUGAGAGUCUACAGUUUGCCGAAGGUAACAUAUAGUCACUCCCUCAAGUUUACAGCCUAGCAGAUGUUUCUUAUUUAAGUGACUGUGUUCCCACGUGAAAUCCUCUUUCACAGAGUGGGCCAGAAAUAGCAUGACAAGAUGUCUGAGUCUGUUGUCCAAGAUCUCCAAAGUUCUUUUCUGUUUCUUAGAUUAAUGGUGCUUAUCUUCAUUAUUUAAACUAUUAUCCAAAUUCUACCACAUCAUUUCUAAACCAUUCUGGCUUAAAAUUACAAUAGCUGCUGGAUAUUUAGUGACACUGUGUAAAGAUAUUUUCAACUUCAAACAAGAAAAAAUAAUAAAAAUGACUGAAAGAAAAUAUUAUAGUGAAAUCAUGUUUAUUAAUUAAAAAUGACUUAAAAACAAACACAAGUAGGAACUCUCUCUAGGUAGCCCAGAGUGGCCUCAGAAACACAAUCCUCCUGUCUCAGCUGCCUAUGGAGUGAUCAUUUUUUAAACUAUUUCGUUUCAUAUUUUCAACCUUAACCUCUAUUUAAGUCAACACAACCUACUGCUUUGGGCAAUGCCAGAUGCUGCCCUGAGCAGUGUAUUUUACCAUCCAUCUACAGUGGAACCUGCUGACAAAUAUAUGACUGGAUAGUUUUUCUUAACACUUAUUUUUCAUGUUAUUCAAUCUAAAACAGGUUUGAGGAACCAUAGCAAGGAAAAACAGUGGCCUUUCAGAAUGAAGGCAGAGAAAACUGACAACCAGAGGCUAAGGCUCAAAAGUGGGUCAUAAUGCCCACAUUCCUCCUUUUAUUCUCCGCCUUAAAUGCCUUCUGGUGCUCAAUGCAAGAAGAAGUGAGUUCUUCAAGAAUUGUACAUAGAUGUAAUGAUGAAGGCCAGCCCCUUACUUCCAUCCCUUCAAUCCCAACCCUAAAUUCACACCACUAUUUUCUCCCAAUUCCAUGCGUUCUUCACAAAGUGGGAUUCUGUUGGCACAGAAAAAUGGUUGGCAACCAGGAGUAAGGAGAAGCUCUUUACAAUUUCUCUGUCCAUGUACCCUGCAGUCAGAGACAACUAGAUUCCAGACAUUUCUGUCCUCAGGUGUCCAUUUUCUUCUUCUCCUCCUCCUCCUCCUUCUUUGUUUUGCUUUGUUUUGUUUUGCUUUCCCUUGUGUUUGUCGAGCUCUGCACUACACUUUCAGGGAAGGCAGUCUGUGGCCUGUAAAAACAAACAAACAAACAAAAAGCCCUUGAGUUUGGCUAAAUCUGGCUCAGUGUUCUGGAUGUGUACUGUAGAUACAGUGUGUGUCGUUUUGACAUUCAUGUGACUGUGGGAAGCUAGGCAAGGGCUCAAAAUGGUGCGUUUGCUGGGGGCAGGGAGAGUACAGGUCAUGAGCACAGUGGCGAUAUGCUGUCUUGUUUACAUGCUCAACAGCGACUACUCAAGACAGCUUACACUUGAAGACUACGUGCAGAGCAUGGCACAGACCCUGGUAGGACCCUGGUAGAGAAAGGAGUCUCUUACAAACACCUUCUAAACAUUGGUUUGUGCCAGCCAGAAUUUCUACUAUAGCCAAAUUGCUCACCCAUCCUUAAGACAAGAUGCAAGAUGCAGCCAGAAUUUUUUAUUUGCAGCAUAUGUGUUAGCCUUUUUUUUUUCCCUGCAUGCAGGUUUCAUAUAAAUCACUACAUCUGAUUAAAGUUGGGGAUAUUUUAAGGAAAACGGACACAAAAAGCAAUAUUAAUAUUAACCAAAGUUACUUGCUCAACGGGAAUGCUGUCACCAGAAAUAGUUAAAUGUAUACACUACUCAAAUGUCAAUUAAGAAUUAGCAAAGUUCUUUGUAUUCAGCUCAGAAUCAAAGGAAGAAAAAAAAACCUGCAACACACAAAACAUUAGGUUCAUCACACACUAACCAAGUUCCAAACUUAUCCAAUUUUAAAGAGGUAUAUAUUAAACUAUAAAAUAUUCAAAAGCGAAUGUGUAGAAAGGGUCUAUUAAGCAAAUAGGGGUCAUUAGCACACUGAAGCAUUGUAACAGCCUUUAAUUUAGCUACAUAAUCUCUGUGCAUGAUCUUAGCACCUUGCUUUCAAUGAAAUACUUUAUUUUCUACUAUUGUUUGUAUGUUGUCUGCUUGCUUGUUCUGUUUUGCUUGAGGAGGAAAGGAUUCAUAGAAAAAGAAGGGUUUAAAGGGAUAAAUUAUCAGGCAACUUGUUAUUACCUACUAUGCCUGGAGCAUGUUGGAAGCUUUGUGGCCUUCACCAUCCUGGUUUCUUCCCUCUCCCCUUUCCAGGCUUCACUAUCCCAGUUUGAAAGGACAGCUCUGCGAUCACAUCUCAGAUCCUUUACCCUCUGGGUUUUCAUUACUCUCUCCAGCACAUCUUCCCAAGGGCCCAUCUGCUCAGAAUGCAUAGGUCCCAAGUCAAAAGCAGAAGCAAAUGGGCCAUUAGCAAUAACAACUUGAAGCUGAAAACCAGAAGGAAAGUAUCAGAAAACUUAGAAGCCAAAGGGACACUGUCCCAAUACGGAAGAAUGAUGUGAUUUGACAUCAUUCUUUUCCUAUGAGUGACCAAAAAUACAAUUCGGGCAAUAGUACCAUGGGUCAAACCUUGCCCUGCUAUGUAUGUGCCCUAUGGCUGAGCUGCUCUCAUAGACCAAAUGCAGUGUAUUUAAGUCCCUGUCAAGCUCUGACACUUGAAAGGAAAUAGCUGGCUUGUUGAGGAAGAUGGAACCAAAUUCACUAACAUAUUCAAGGCAACCAUCUCAAAUGGAAAGUCUUUCUAACUAAAUGUGAGUAUAGCCAGUAAGGGGGUCUGUUUUCAGGGCAGUAUGCCAAAAGGAAGAUACCAAUACAUCAUUUUUAUUUUCUAUAGUAAGAGACAAUUCAACCAGGGAAAACUGACAUUCUGAUAUGUUUUCACAUUGUUCGGGAACAAAAUUCUAAUAGCCAUUCAAACAAAACCUUAACAAAAGAUACUAGGGUGGGAAGAAAGCCAUACUGAAAAGCUCAUACUUUGCCAUACAUCUAAUUAUAAACAAUUCAAAUUUGGAUUGGAAUUAAAAUUUUUUCUUUUAUGUAAAAAGUGUCUUUAGGUAACCAUAUGAAGUAAAUGUUACUUAUUUUAUUAGAAAUAUGUAGAUUUUUAAAAGACUAUUAUAACUUAAAUGGAAUGGAAUGUAGGAAAGUGCCAAGCACACCGCUGGACGAAUGAAGGUGUGCGUUUUAAAAUGAGUAUUCCAAAGGAAGUGCUUCAAGUCACAUUAUGUCCUUAAUACUAAGUUCUCAACUUCUUCUGUAGUUUUUUGUGUGUGUUUAAGUAAAACCCACUGUUAUAUAAAGUAUAGGGCAUUUGACUUGUUAAGUUAUAUACAUACAGGUACCCUAGGUGGCUUUCAAGAGUGAUACUAUUUUAACAAAUAACGUGUUAAUGAAAAUGAAUAGUACUAACCUAAUUGCCUUAAAUCUUUAGUGUUCAGUAGGCGAGUGUCAAUUUCUUCUUGAGGAAAACAGCCUCCUAAAUGAUUUCAAUAGAGUAUCUAUUUGGGGAGUCUUUUAUAUUUUUCUGUUACCACAAAUUUAAACUUGUAUCAUCAUCAUUGUCAUCAUCAUCAUCAUCAUCAUCAUCAUCAUCCCAUUCAACUUGGUACUGCAUCUUCCUGCUUUAAAUAUUUGCAACCCUGCAGAUCUAUUUUAUUUAUCGAUUCAUAGCCAUUUUGGUUCCACAGUUAUAAUAACUGGCCCUUUACCAACUAUAUUAUGAAUAAAAAAGGCUUUGGCAUUAAACACAUUUUUUUCUCAUUAACUUUUUUGUCUUAAAAAUCUGAAGUAUAAACUGUAACCAGUAUAGAUUUCAUCAGAGUUUUGUGUUUUACUUUAUUUUAAUGUUAAUCUAGCUGAUCAAGAAAGGUGAUUCCAAGGGGGGGGGAGGGCUAAUUUUUCAGCUCAUUAUAUUUAAAAUGCUGGGUUAUGACAUUGAGAUGAACCCACAUAUCUCGUGAUGGUGAGUGAUGACCAGAGGACUCCAUACAGGACAACACCCCCCUGACACAGCUGCAGCAACUUCAGCCAAAGCAGGCUGGCCACUGUGGAAUCAGAGUGUGAUGACUCUGAUAUUAAAGAGAAUCUAAGCCCCGUGUUCUUCUGCUGCAUCUACAAAAGAAUUCCCAAGAUGCAUUCAAACUUUGAUCUCGGAGGAUCUAGUAGCCAUCACUAAAAACUGAAAAUAGUCCCUUAACUUUAAUGAAUUCUUGUUUGUUUAAUUGGCUUGGGGUGAUUAUUUUGGAGAAUUUGGGUUGGUUGUGGUUUGGGGGAGAUGGCAGCCCUUUGUAGGGGUUGCCUACUAACUUCAUAUAAAAAAAAACCUUCAGUAUAAAACAUUACUUAGUUUGGACUUUCAAUUCAUUAUGAUGCUUAAAAAUACUUCACGUUCUAUGUCAUAAUUGCAUGACAAUUUAGAUCUUAUUACUCUUUAGUUAUAGCCUAGCGGAUACUGUAUUCCUCUGUUUUCUUAAAACAAUAAAGUUUCUAGUUUAUUAUUAGGAUUCUGACAGAAAACUAUGCUGCCCACCAGCAUUAAGUGUAUUGAUACCUAUCUCUGUGUGGCGUAGACAAAGCUUCCAUGUUCUCUGUCAUGUGUCUGCUGCAUUAUGAAGCUGCCACUGUCGUCUUCUCAUUUUACUACGCCAACAUUUUAACAGUGGGGUCAUGUACAUAGGUUAUGAAGCAAACAUGGCUGUAAUCUGCUAAAUCGAUGUCAAGUCCACAAAGUCUGAGGCAACGCAGUAACAUUGUAGCCCAAAUGGCAAAUCUUCAUCCCUGCAUUCUUUACCACAAACGCCGAAGCAGUGUUUUUUAAGAUUUGUAAUAAAAAUCUCUGUGUCAUAUCUACAUAGCCAAACUAUGUCGAGUAAUUCAGUUUUAAAAUGUUGCCUACUAAGAUAAAUAUCUACUAAUUUUCCCACAUAAUCGCUCAAAUUCUCUUCUGUUGUCAAUAUAGGCCUGUCUCUAUUAUAUGUAAAAUAUAAGGAGAGUACUGUGGUGAUAUCUUACCUCCUAACAUUAGCUGUUAAAACUAGUCAUAUAUUGUCCUGUUUUCGGAAAUGAUUCAUUACUUGCAGUCCAGUAUCUCAACAUACUGGGUGUAGGUAUGCUCAGCGUUGGAGCACUUGCCUAGCGCGUGCAAGGCUGUGGAGUCAAACCGACACCAGAAAACUAACAAACAUAGAUUUGGACAUCUGCAAAUUUAAUGACUAUGGACGUUAGGAAACGGGAGGGGAGAGUAAAAGGGGGAGACGGAUUGGAAGAAGGUGGACAAGAGAAAAAAACAGCAGUGCUAACCAAGGAAAAUAUUAAAUGGGGGAGUCAAUGCCUACAAUGUAUACUUAAUGGAAACAUGCCUGGCUCGGGAAGUGUGCACACACAGGCACUCCUGUGUUUAGAAAGGGGUCCGAAGUCAUAGGCUAGGUUUUCUCCCUUCACUUUACUGAAGUCACAUUUUUCAGUUUUGAUUGUCUAACUUGCAAAAGUCGUUCAUUCAAGAUUUAAUAUUACAAUUAUAAGCUUAUUGUUAAACUCAGGACAACUGUGAAGUUUCAUACAAAGUUCCUGGAAACUCAUGAUGAAGGUAUUUCAUGCUGUUAGUAAUUGAUGCAUACAAAAAAAAAGAAAAAAAAACCUUGCUGGGGGUAAUCCUGAAUGAUUUCUUUAUAAAAUAUAUUAAUAUACAACCCAUUUUUUCUCUCAAUUCAUAGAUACUUUAAUUUGUUUUGAUGAUGUCCUAAGCACCCCCCCACAAGUUAAAAAAAAUACUCAAAAAUAUUUUUUAAAAUCUAAGGAGUAAAGUAUCAGAAAUUAAACACCCAAUGAGUAGUUCUUUAAAUGCUUCUAUAGAUAUAUAUUAAGUAAAACAACUUCAUAUCUUGGAGCUAUACACAGCGUUAGGUUCAUAGCUACAGUGCAUGGUACAUCAUCCCUUUAACUUCAGUGUCUUCAAGGGUUUUCACAGUAGUCUGUAAAAGCUCUGAAUGCUGCAGGGAAAAAGAAGCACAAUCGCUAUUUUGUUUUAAAAGAUCCUGUCCUGUCUGCUCAUGUAAUAGCGUUGCAUUCCAUCCUAUACUCUGUUGGCUUAAACACAGACUCUCACUAGGAGCACCUGCCUAAGUGGCUAACUCCUGUCUCAUUCAUCCGCCUCUACACGCUUUAUUUCAUUAGAUUUGCAAACAAAAUGCUUUGGUUUCAGUUCUGUAAACAGGAUGUGGUUUGGCAUAUGCGUGUCUGUCUGGACGUCCAUCCUGCACCAUUAAUACAAAGCCUUCCUCUCCCAUUUAAUGGUGUUUGUAUCUGUGUCCCUAUAUCUGCUGCAUUUUAACUCCAUAAAAAGAAAACGUGGUUUUGUAUUUCUAUUUUGCUGAUCGACUCAGUAAUUCUGCUCCAAAUCAGCACACUUCUCUGCAUGUAGUAGUCUGUACAAUUGUUCAACAUCAAAAUACUUGUUUAUUUUAUGUCGAAAUGUCUAUAAAAAUUGCCAGCAUUGUUCUCCAUUUCAGUCUGGUAGAAUAAGUGAGAUAGGAAAUAAAUGUGUAAAUGAA